GCUGCCGCCGCCGCAUUCGCCGUCGCCCCCGCCUUCCCGGCAGCAUCGGGCCGGGCACCGCCUCCCCCCUGCCUCCCUCUCCGCUGCGGUCAUGUAGGAAAUCGUAAAUCAUGUGAAGAUGGGACUCUUGGUAUUUGUACGCAAUCUGCUGCUAGCCCUCUGCCUUUUUCUGGUACUGGGAUUUUUGUAUUAUUCUGCGUGGAAGCUACAUUUAUUCCAGUGGGAGGACUCCAAUUCAGUGGUUCUUUCCUUUGACUCCGCUGGACAAACACUAGGCUCAGAAUAUGAUCGGUUGGGCUUCCUCCUGAAGUUGGACUCUAAACUGCCUGCUGAGUUAGCCACCAAGUACGCAAACUUUUCAGAGGGAACUUGCAAGCCUGGCUAUGCUUCAGCCUUGAUGACUGCCAUCUUCCCCCGGUUCUCCAAGCCAGCACCCAUGUUCCUGGAUGACUCCUUCCGCAAGUGGGCUAGGAUCCGGGAAUUUGUGCCGCCUUUUGGGAUCAAAGGUCAAGAUAAUCUGAUCAAAGCCAUCUUGUCCGUCACCAAAGAGUACCGCCUGACCCCUGCCUUGGACAGCCUCAGCUGCCGCCGCUGCAUCAUCGUGGGCAAUGGAGGUGUCCUUGCCAACAAGUCUCUGGGGUCACGAAUCGAUGACUAUGACAUUGUGGUCAGACUGAACUCAGCACCAGUGAAAGGCUUUGAGAAGGACGUGGGCAGCAAAACUACACUGCGCAUCACCUACCCUGAGGGUGCCAUGCAGCGGCCUGAGCAAUAUGAACGUGAUUCUCUCUUUGUCCUCGCUGGCUUCAAGUGGCAGGACUUCAAGUGGUUGAAGUACAUCGUCUACAAGGAGAGAGUGAGCGCGUCAGAUGGCUUCUGGAAAUCUGUGGCCACUCGGGUGCCCAAGGAACCCCCUGAGAUUCGCAUCCUCAACCCAUAUUUCAUCCAGGAAGCCGCCUUCACCCUCAUCGGACUGCCUUUCAACAACGGCCUCAUGGGCCGCGGGAACAUCCCGACCCUCGGCAGUGUGGCAGUGACCAUGGCACUACACGGCUGUGAUGAGGUGGCAGUUGCAGGCUUCGGCUACGACAUGAGCACACCCAAUGCACCCCUGCACUACUAUGAGACCGUGCGCAUGGCAGCCAUCAAAGAGUCCUGGACGCACAACAUUCAGCGAGAGAAAGAGUUUCUGCGGAAGCUGGUGAAAGCGCAUGUCAUAACUGACCUAACCAGUGGCAUCUGAGGUGGACCCAGCACGUGGCCACAGAAGUCCAGCCACCGCCACCUGCCCACUUCAUUGGCCUCGGUCUGGCUCUGCCUGAGAGGUGCGGGAGCCUUCAGACCCAGAGAAGGACAGUGCCAAGUGGCCCCAGGGGUGGUGAGGCCUUGGUGGGGCAGCCAGAGCUGUGUCUGCUCAGAGGCCAGCCUCAGAGACCAGCACUAGGCCUCACUCUCAGCCUGGGUCCUCGAAGCCAGAGGGCCAGGAGGCCACUGGCCGUGCCCAGCGGGCCAGCAUGCAGGAGGCGGACACUAGCAGCAAGGCUGCUGCCAGAAUCGUUUCUCCAGUCCGUGUUCGGUGUAUUGUCACUUUGUGAAUUUGGGGUGGGGGGAGGGUAGGGAUAAUUUAUUUUUCAAUAAGGUUGGAGAUGUCAAGUUUGGUCUACUGGCCGUGCAGAAGGAGACCCACUAAAGGGCCCCUCAGGCAGUGGUACCAAUGGGCUCCCUGUAGAGUGGGAGUGCCAGGACUAGCCUGUGCCCUGCUCCGGGGCUACAGGGAGGUGGGCAGGAUCUCAGGCCAGCCCCCUCCAGCUCAUGACACUGUUUGGCCUUUCUUGGGGAGCAGAUGGGAUAGUCCCGCUCAGCAGCCCCCAGCUGUCCCACAGGGAAACCCUGGAGCCAUCCUUUAAGCCAACAAGAUGCCCCUGGGCUUGAGUGGAGAGAACUUCAGAGCUCGGGCGGUGAGGCCUGGCCCAACCUGAUGGGAAUGCCCCUCCCUCCCCAACUGCAGCCGACCCAUAGGACACUGCCCCAGGCCUGGAGUGACCAACUUGGCAGCUGUUCUGGGUUUCAGCAGUGAGACUGCCAGGUCCUUGGGUUCUGCCUUUAGCCUGGACCAGAGGGAAGUGAGGCUCAAGGACCUCACCCAGGCUGUGGCAGCCAUCCUGAGCAGCCAUCAUGGAAGCAAUAAAGCUCUUCCCUGAA